ACGGAACGAUAUCUUGCGGGGAUGGAUAACGGUAAUCCCACCAGAUAAGAAACACCCUCUUCCCCAUUCGACUCAUCAUCCGUCAAACUCCCAUGGCGCUGCUGCAAUCAGCACCUUCUACUACUGGUGAAUCGCCAUUGGCUCUCAUCCAGAAUCCAUUCAUUUUCCCCUCCACAUCCUUCAAGUUACGCCCUAUUUCUAGUAACUCUUCUUCUGCACUCAAGACCAAGCCCAACAACCAUCGUCUCCGCAUUCGUGCAUCGGCUACUCUUGAAUCCAACAAUGGCGCCGCCACCGUCUCCGUCGGCCUUGAGAAUUCCCCUUCCACCGCCAAUAUCACCGGUAUUACUUAUGGUAGACAGUAUUUCCCUCUCGCUGGAGUUGUUGGACAGGAUGCUAUUAAAACUGCUCUUUUACUUGGAGCUAUUGACCGCGAGAUUGGAGGGAUUGCAAUCUGUGGCAAAAGAGGAACGGCGAAAACUGUUAUGGCACGCGGGUUGCAUGCAAUUCUGCCUCCUAUUGAUGUAGUUGUUGGUUCAACUUCGAAUGCUGAUCCAGCCUGCCCAGAAGAGUGGGAAGAUGGACUUGCGGAAAGGGUGGAAUAUGACUCUGCUGGUAAUGUCAAGACCCAAGUAGUCAGAUCACCAUUUGUGCAGAUUCCACUCGGUGUUACAGAAGAUCGACUAAUUGGAUCAGUUGAUGUUGAGGAGUCUGUCAAGAAUGGAACCACUGUAUUCCAGCCAGGUCUUCUGGCUGAAGCACAUAGAGGAGUUCUUUAUGUUGAUGAAAUCAACUUACUGGAUGAGGGUAUAAGUAAUUUGCUACUUAAUGUGUUGACGGAUGGUGUUAAUAUUGUUGAAAGGGAAGGAAUCAGCUUUCGUCACCCAUGCAAGCCGCUGUUAAUCGCUACUUAUAAUCCGGAAGAGGGUGCUGUACGUGAACAUUUACUGGACCGAAUUGCAAUCAAUUUAAGUGCAGAUCUUCCAAUGAGUUUUGAGGAUCGUGUUGCUGCUGUAGGGAUUGCAACACAGUUUCAAGAACAAAGUAAUGAGGUUUUUAAAAUGAUGGAGGAAGAAACAGACUCUGCAAAGACUCAGAUUAUAUUAGCAAGGGAAUAUUUGAAGGAUGUAAGCAUUAGCAGAGAGCAGCUGAAGUACCUGGUAAUGGAAGCUCUCCGUGGUGGCUGCCAGGGACACCGGGCUGAAUUAUAUGCUGCACGUGUUGCCAAAUGUUUGGCUGCUCUGGAAGGUCGUGAAAAGGUCAAUGUGGAUGACCUGAAGAAAUCUGUAGAACUUGUCAUUCUUCCUCGUUCAAUGCUUAAUGAGACCCCUCCAGAACAACAACAGCAGCAGCCUCCACCCCCUCCUCCCCCUCCCCAAAGUCAGGAAUCUGAGAACCAGAAUGAAGAAGAAGAGAAAGAGGAUGAAGAUAAUGAAGAUAAUGAAGAUGAUGAAAAUGACGAGGAGAAUGAACAGCAACAGGACCAACUACCUGAUGAAUUUAUCUUUGAUGCAGAAGGGGGUCUGGUGGACGAGAAACUUCUCUUCUUCGCACAACAAGCACAAAGACGCAAAGGGAAAGCCGGGAGAGCAAAAAAUGUCAUUUUCUCAGAGGACAGAGGUCGAUAUAUUAAACCAAUGCUUCCCAAGGGUCCAGUAAAACGAUUAGCUGUCGAUGCAACUUUACGAGCAGCUGCACCAUAUCAGAAAUUGCGGAGGGAAAAGGACACACAAAAGAUUAGAAAAGUUUUUGUAGAGAAAACAGACAUGAGAGCUAAGAGAAUGGCUAGGAAAGCAGGAGCAUUAGUUAUAUUUGUGGUUGAUGCUAGUGGAAGCAUGGCAUUAAAUAGAAUGCAGAAUGCCAAAGGUGCAGCACUUAAACUAUUAGCAGAGAGCUAUACAAGCAGAGAUCAGGUUGCCAUUAUUCCUUUUCGUGGAGAUGCUGCAGAAGUUCUUUUGCCCCCUUCUAGAUCGAUUUCUAUGGCUAGGAAACGACUAGAGAGGCUUCCAUGUGGUGGAGGCUCUCCCCUUGCUCAUGGACUUACCACGGCUGUUAGGGUUGGAAUGAAUGCAGAGAAGAGUGGAGACGUUGGACGUAUAAUGAUUGUAGCAAUAACUGAUGGUAGGGCGAACAUUUCACUCAAAAGAUCCAAUGAUCCUGAAAUGGCUUCAGAUGCACCCAGGCCUUCUUCUCAAGAGUUGAAGGAUGAGAUACUUGAAGUGGCUGGUAAAAUUUUCAAAGCGGGAAUGUCUCUCCUCGUCAUUGACACAGAAAAUAAGUUUGUUUCAACUGGUUUUGCCAAAGAGAUUGCUCGAGUCGCCCAAGGAAAAUACUAUUACCUGCCUAAUGCUUCAGACUCUGUUAUCUCUGCUGCAACAAAGGAUGCUUUAACAACUCUAAAGAACUCCUGAAUUGCAACAACACAACCAAAUUGUAACGUUUCUGCUGUGGUAUUUGUUUCCACUAAAAGUGAGACACAAAAUGGCUUCACCGUCAUCACACAUUAUUUUUGCGAGCCGUAUUUAUGUGCUGACUUCUGGUAUAUAUCUGAAUACGAAAUGAUUUGGGGUUCAAACUUCAAAGAUUUUCACUUUUGUGGUAGGAACUAGGAAGGGUUUGGGUGCAUUUACAUGUGUGCGUAUGUACUAAUGCUUUUGGGUCGAAAAGGAGAGGGAAACGCUUCAAAUAUCAGGCUUCUUUUAUAC